CAAACCUAAUUUCAGCCCUGUUUAGGGGUAUGCGUCCCCCCAGAAAAAAGCACUGGGUGCAACUAAGGGGAAAGCGGGCUGGCUGCAUGAGGAGCCGGUGACAAAUUUGGAUACAGCAUCUGGGGAGACAGAGAGACCCAAAUAUAUAUUCCCUUUUUUAGCUUUCAUGGAGAGACUGAUAAGCUGAACUUCUCCCUCUCUUGACAAAAGAGUUUUGCAUCCAUCUUUCGGUUUCCGUCUCAAGUUCUUUCCCAUCGCUUUCUGCUGUUUGCUUCCUGCAAUCCUCAUAAGCAAUGCUGUUAGGUUUAGAUUGUCCACCCAUCGUGUAGGUGGCCGUUUCCUUGGCCUUUUAACAUUGUAGGUAGGGAAUAAGAAAAAACUCUCUUAGGCUGCAGUGCUAAAUAUACCGUAAUUAUGUCUGGUUGGAUGCAGUGGGGUUCAGUUCCAAGUAAGCAUAGAAUUGCACUGUCCAGCCUUCAUCCUUUGCUGAUACUAGGCCUAAAGUACUCUGCCUAACAAGACAGGACUGAACUGAAUACCUGCUCAUCCCUUGUUCUUCAUCUUCCUCAUUUUUAUUACUACUUCUGUGUUGAAUUUCAGGUUAUUCUUUGGGGCAUCAUCUUUCCUUGCUCUAUGAAGAAGUCAUAUACAUUGAUGGCACCAGUGUUGUGCAUAGCGAUAUAUAAACAAACACUGUUUAUGCUGCGCUUAGCUUCUACAAUGAUAUGUAUCAAAGCUCAAGCCUUCCUGUGCAGUGCCUACGGAUCCUACCACUGUUCCCUCAAAGCCUGCUGUGUUGGCUGAUGCAUUGACAAGUUCAGCGUUCCCAGUUGUUGCUGCAUGUUUGAAAACAUGUCCAGGGGCCAAGCUUUGCUCAUCUUAGGCUUGCAUGCAUUGAACUUGCUGCUUUUCCAGGAAAUAGGACAAAAAGUUGUGCUUGCCUAACUAAAUGCCAUACGGGGGAGCUGCUGAGUUGCUUUUACCAGGGAAAGCUCUUGGUUGUCCCUGCUCAGUGGCCGCGUUUUCCUUUUGUGUGUGUACAGUAUGUUUUUCUCUUGGUGGGCGGAAAGCUUCCCCUUGCCCAUCUGAGUGCGAUGAGUCUGCCUCUGCUCUGGUUUCCUUCUGAUGGAAGAAUCUACGGCUUCCACUAGCAGGACGCAAAGCCAGUCCUUGAAAAUAUGAGCCCGGACAACAUUCACACUGUUCCAGAUGCUUUGUGUUUGUGCUGCCACCGGAAAAACUUCACUCUGAGAGGAAAUGCAGGUGUGGAAAACGGCAUCCCAGGGACUGAAAUGAGUUUGCAUUCUGGAGGACCUCCAUCAUGAAUAGAUAUACAACUAUUAAACAGCUGGGAGAUGGGACUUACGGUUCUGUUCUCCUGGGAAGAAGUAUUGAAUCAGGGGAGCUGAUCGCCAUUAAGAGGAUGAAGAGAAAAUUCUACUCCUGGGAAGAAUGUAUGAAUCUUCGAGAAGUUAAGUCCUUGAAGAAACUCAACCAUGCCAAUGUGGUGAAACUGAAAGAAGUUAUCAGAGAAAAUGAUAAUCUGUACUUUGUGUUUGAAUACAUGAAGGAGAACCUUUAUCAGUUAAUGAAAGAAAGGAACAAAUUAUUUCCCGAAUCUACUGUCAGGAAUAUUAUGUAUCAGAUUCUUCAAGGGCUUGCAUUCAUACAUAAACACGGGUUUUUCCAUAGGGACUUGAAACCUGAAAACCUCCUUUGCAUGGGACCGGAACUUGUGAAGAUAGCAGACUUUGGCCUUGCACGGGAAAUCAGAUCCAGACCUCCCUACACGGAUUACGUAUCCACAAGAUGGUACAGAGCUCCUGAAGUGCUUUUGAGAUCCACUAACUAUAGUUCUCCCAUUGAUAUCUGGGCUGUUGGUUGUAUCAUGGCAGAGGUUUACACACUCCGGCCGCUCUUCCCAGGAGCUAGCGAAAUUGAUACUAUUUUCAAGAUUUGCCAAGUGCUGGGGACGCCAAAAAAGAAUGACUGGCCCGAAGGCUACCAGCUUGCCGGCACCAUGAAUUUCCGCUGGCCUCAGUGCGUCCCAAACAACCUGAAGACCCUCAUCCCUAACGCAAGCAGCGAGUCAAUACAGCUCAUGAGAGACAUGUUGCAGUGGGACCCCAAAAAGCGGCCAACGGCAAGCCAGGCUCUUCGAUAUCCUUACUUCCAGGUUGGCCAGUUACUGGGCACCUCUCGCUCUACUCAGGAGCUGGGAAAGCAACAGAGAGACCUUCCUGAUAAAGCACAAGUCCACAUGAAACCCAUUCCACCAGCACAGCCUCCUCCUAAAGCACAAGUUCGCCUUUCCUUCAGACCAUUCCAGCAGAACCAGCCCUCCCACUCCCUGAUAUACCCCUACAAAACAGACACCACCGUGAGUGACCAUUUAAGAGAAGACAAGCCUAGCCAGGUGGCUUUGCCAGAAAUUCACAAUAAGAUUCCUCAGCAGAAAGCAGACAUUGGGACAGAGAAGACAAAUGGGGAACUUAAACCAAAGAACCGUCGUAGAUGGGGUCACAUUCCCGGGACACUAAAAGACUCUGAGGAUUGGGAAGACCUGGAAGAUGGAGGUGUUAACUCUUCACUUGCCAGAAAGGAGCUUAAAAACAAAGGGCAGAGUGAUGAAGCUCUUUGUAGAUUUGAAAGUAUCCUGGAUCUCAAGCCGUCAGCUUGCUUAGGAACUGGGAACAGCGCCCCUUCCUAUCUUCGGCAGGACACACCAACGUUGCAAGUUUCUGCAGCCAAACAACAUUACUUGAAACAUUCUAGGUAUUUACCUGGAAUAAGCACAAGAAAUAAUUUAGUCUCCAGUUCAAGCAAAGAUUCCAUCCCGUCCAAUCCAUGGCCCAGUUCUAAUUUACCUGGAAAGACAUCAGUGGUGGCAGGAGGGAUCACCAGGCUGAACUCCAGCAACACAGGAGCGAGUGGGCUAAGGGGUGCUUACAUCCCUUCAUUUCUGAAGAAAGAAGUUGGCUCUGCUGGCCAGAGGGUUCAGUUAGCGCCGAUUAUUGAUGCAUCGUCUUCAGACCCAUCUCAAUACACUUCUCUGAAGUCUGUCAGACCUCAUAUAGGGAGGCCGUCAUUUAACAUACCUAUGAAAAGCACACCAGGGCUGCUGCCCCACCCACCUCCAGUUCAACCAGUCCAUGGACGAAUUGACUGGUCUUCAAAAUAUGGCGCUCACCAUUGAACUCUUGAGCUGCAGUAUACGUUUCACGAACAGUGACCAAUGAUAAGACUGUCUCCAGCAAUAUUUUAUACGCUGGCAAUUCUGUCGAUCGUUUUUUUGUAUGACCAAGAAAUUUCAAGACCGUCGAAGAGGGUUUAUUUUUAGUUGUAUGUAUUUGAAAGCAAAUCUUGGACCUUUUUUCUAUCAUUUAUAUUAUGUGAUUGGGGCAAUUAUUUUCAUAGAACCAAUACACAUUUGUAUAUCAGGUUUAGUAUUGUGGGUCCCUUGCUUUAUUUGGCAUUUUUAUAUGAUGAACUUGUAACUUUUUUAAAGAAAACUAUUUUUUCUUUUUUUGGCCUUUUUUAUAUAAGUGAAUAAAUGUAGCAGAUUGAAGCAGUAUUUAAUAUAAAUAAGGUGCAGGUAGACAUAAGGGCAUUUACCAAAUACUUUAUAAAGUUAAAUUUUCAACCUGGUAUGUUGGAAAAAUAACCUGUUAAGCUUAGUAUCCAGAGCCGCCUUUCAGCUUCAUAAUUCAGCAGCCACAGUCGUGUUACUGGUCUCGUCUUUGCUGUAGCAAAACAUAAAAACAAGUGGGGCAUGAACUCCUUGUUCUUCAUGUGACUGAGAAUUGUUACAGCUAGUUGAUCAGCAAGAUAGAAUAGUAAAGCUUUUCCUUCAGGCUGCAGAUAAGAGUUUUGUAUGUUCUGAACAAACCUGAAAAACCAAAUCCUUGCAUAUAAAACAUAAAUUUGGCAGGGGAAAAGAUCCAGCCUAUUUUUUCAGUGUUCAUGCUGGCUUAUUUGUUCCCUACAUACAGCUCAUAUUGGUUUGGUCCAGGAUAAGCUUCUCACUGCUGACUAUGUAAACUGGAAAAGGGAAAGACGUGUGACAGCAGGAAAUUAACUUGACCACAUGCUUCUUCAUUCUAGCCUCUUUCCACAAUGCAAACUAAACCAUCUACAGAUGGAGUCAUCCUACAGUGGGAAGCAAUAUGGGUUGCAAGAGUAGCAAGGCCCUUGGAUAAUAUUUAAAGCAAUAUUAAAUAUGACAAAGCUGGUUCGUAGAGUAAUAUAAAUGGAGUAUUAAGAUAAAUACCAGCAGCAAAGUUAAAAUAUUUUUUUUUAUAUUCCACACAGCCUACAUUUCAUUUUUAUGGCUUGCCUUUUUGCAAACGCAGCUCGGCAACUUCUGUUACAGGGUUGACAAAAUUUAUCCUUUAUAUAAUUCGAGGUUUACAUUAAGAAAUGAGUUGACAUGCAUAUUUAUAUACUGUAAUUUUAGGAUCGAGUUCCAGCUGUUCUAGAAUGGCCAGAUUUUAGCAGAUGUCAGUAAGCCAGAAUUUUAAAGAUUGAAGCUAUAUAGCAGAACAUGGUAUAGAAAAUGGCAGAUUCAAACCUAUGCAUUGUUUUAAAAUGAAAACAAAGAGUUGAAAAAGUUUUAAGGAGACUGCCCUGCCUGGCAAGUGUUCAGCUGAAAUGAUACAUCAUUUUUUAAAUUGAGGUGGAAGGAAUGGGGAUUAAGAUCUCAGCUCACAGAAAAGGCUCAAGACAGUCUCUUUCUCAGGGAGAAAUAAUUACCCCAAGCCAGUAGAUGGGUGUUUCUGUCUAGGCAGUUUUUGAGUAUAGAAUGAGAUGUAGAUCUUUUCUAAAUCUUUGUUUCCAAUCUGUGGUAGGAAUCACGCUGUGUCUUGAGCCACAUUCUGCCAUUGCAUCUUCUCUGUCAUCCUUGAGGGCAGGAGAUGCAAGAAGGCAUGCUAAAAUUGUGUGUCAACACCUUCCCAUUCCGAUGAUCGGCUGACAAGGCUGCAUUGGAAGUUGUCCUUUCAGCCUCCAACUGAAGCAGAAGGAAAGUCCCAUUUCCUUUUGCAUUGUGGUGUCUGGCCACUCCUUCACUAAAAUACAAACAAUUCUGCUUCAAGCAUUUCCACACAGCAAAAGAGGUGUGCAGAUAACAGAACUGCAGAGGGAAUUUGAAAGCAGAGCUGUGGAUGAUUCUCUCACAGAAAACACAGGGUGGAGUUGGCAAUCACAACAGCUAGGAUGGCAACAAAGGUGUUGUCAAUUUUUUUUUAAAGCGUAACAGCUGCAUUGUUCUUUAAUGCAUGGAUGUGAGACCUCCAGCCCUUCAGAUGUGGCUGGACUCCAGUUCCCAUAAGCCCCUGCCAGCAUGGCCAGUGGUCAGUGAUGGUGUAACAUACAUUCUCCAGGUUGCCUACCUCUGCUCUAACCUGUCACAGGCAACAUCCCAACUCCAUAACUUUUGGGAAAUCAGCAUUUUUUUUCUCCAGAAGGUAAUAGGAUAUGAACUCAUCACUUGUCUUCAGCUGAACAGUUGCUAUCUCCCUACCCCAAAAUAACACCAUUUGGGGGUUAUCCCACCAGCUGUUUCAUUUCCCCUAUUUCCUUUGUUAUUGAGGGAAAGUUCGUACAUAGUUUUGGUUUCUGCAACCAUGGAACCACAAGACUAGCAGUCCUUUCAUUGCAGUCCUCAGUGACUGCUAUAUGAGACAGAUGAAUUAGAAAGGAGAUAAAUUUGACCCAUUUUUAAUUCUGCAGUGACAACGUAAUUUUCAAAAUUCUUUCAUCAAUGAGAUAACUAUCACCUGUUAAAUCAAUUUACUACUGACAUGUUAUUUGUAAAUCCUCUGUUGUGGUAUUUGUAUAUUCUUUGGUUCCUGCUUCAGGGAGUAGGACAAACAGAAACAUACUUUUGCUUUUAUACUGUUUAGAAAAAUAUGUGGGGGGUCCCCUCCAAUGGAAAGCAAAAUUGCCAGUAUUUAAUGGAGGAUUAUUUCAUUCAGAACUUUUUUUAAGGAGGACACUAGAGUUACUAAUUAUUAAACGGUUUAGCUUAUAUUUAAUUUUGCUAAUAUGUUUUCCUUAUUAAGCUGCAAUUCUCACCACAGUUACUAUGGAACGAACCCCACCGGCAUUUACUUUUGAAUAACUGCUUAGGCUGUAAUCCUGUUGGCUCCCUUACCUGAAAGUCCUUUUCAGUUCAGUACAUGUAUAGGAUGUUCAGGCAUGUAAAGGAUUGCAAUGUAAGAAUCAUAAUAAUAGCCCAGAAAUGAGUGCCGCAACCCCAGAGUCGUCCGUGGCGACCUAACCUUUACUAUUGUCUGAUUGCUUAACUCUGCAGUCCUGUACAAAAUUACCUGGCAGUAAGGACCACUGAAUUCAGUGGAUCUUACUUCUGAGUGAGCACAUGUAACAUUGUACUGCAAGUUUAACAGAUAAGUCUGGAGCAGUUUACAGUGACACAACUGUCACUGAAUUCAUAUGGAGCACCUCUGCUUGAAGUACCUUUUCAUGAAUUAUUAUGCUUAUAAUUUGAAUUGACAACAUAAUUCCCUAGAGAGCAGUAAAAUGGCCUUAUUUCCACUUCUCCUUGGUUUGUGUCACAAAAAAUGAUAAAAACCACAAGCCGUAUCUUACUCCGAGAUCUGACCAAAAGCAACAUCUCUGCCAAAUAUGCCACAUGUGAAAUGUUUUCCCUUAGCAAUGUUUGUGAUGCCUCUUCAUUUGUCUUGCAUGCUGUAGAGUAGCUGGUGGGUGAGAAGAGCGUGAAAGACACUUUAUUCUAAAGUAAGAUACACUCACCUCUUUCAUUUCUGUACUACUGGUUUGUUUUAAAUCUUCUGCACUUAAAUGAAUGGGCACCUCAGCUACCUUAAAUUCAUUUUUCUUCAAGUGAUUAAGGCUGCAAUCCUAAACCUGCUUGAAGAGUAAACAUACAGUUUCCUACAUUCAACAGCACUACACUGGCUUAUAAAGUUGUUGAGGUUUAUAAAAACCGGUUAUUGGUUUAUAUUUGUGAUGAUUAGUCAAUAAUGUAUCAGUGUUGAAUAGCUCCACUCUACUCACACGGUGACUCUAGCACAGUUUGUGGAUCACUACAGCCAAGAAACGCUUUAGUAAAAACACGAAACAUUGUGUGUCCUGUAGCCAAGAAAAAAUAUGUAUGGAGAAUAAGUACAAAGUUAAAUGUGAGUCAACGGGUAUAAUUGGGUAUUGAAAACCUAACAUGUUUUCUACUUGGGGGUCUUUUGUGGGGUUUUUUAAACAAAUGCUUGUUUCCUUUUGUGUCACGAGAGGCUCCUUCCCGAAAUAAAGUGUUUCAAAAAAUCA